ACUACUGAUGAGGACUCUCCAGUUCACAUUGGAGCUCAAGAGGGUUUGGCACAGCUCGACAAGAUCUUGACAUUGCCAGGCCAACCUGCAGGUGUUGAUUUUGAUCAGUAUUCAGGAUAUGUCACUGUCGAUCCAAAGGCUGGCAGGGCUCUUUUCUAUUAUUUCGUGGAGUCUCCUACUGAUUCUUCAACCAAACCAUUGGUUUUGUGGCUAAAUGGAGGACCAGGAUGUUCUUCCAUGUUUGGAGCCAUGGGAGAACUAGGACCAUUCAGAAUCAAUAGUGAUGCCAAAACUCUCUUCAGGAACAGUUAUGCGUGGAGCAAUGUUGCAAAUAUGCUGUUUCUGGAGUCCCCAGCUGGAGUUGGUUUCUCGUAUUCGAAUACAACUUCUGAUUAUGACCAUCCUGGUGACAAGAAGACUGCGGAUGAUGCUUACACUUUUAUUAUUAACUGGCUCGAGAGAUUCCCUCAGUACAAAACUCAUGAUUUUUACAUUGCCGGUGAAAGCUAUGCCGGACAUUAUGUACCUCAACUUGCUUAUACCAUCCUUCGAAAGAACAAGAAUACAAAGCAGACUGUCAUCAAUAUCAAAGGGAUUGCUAUAGGAAAUGCGUGGAUCGAUGAUGAAACAUGUAUGAAAGGGAUGUACGAUUACUGGUGGAGUCAUGCUAUAAAUUCAGAUGCGACUCAUGAUGCCAUCUUCAAAUAUUGCAACUUUGUGAACGAUUCUUCAACUGGCAUGUGCCAUGAUAGUACAAGCAAAGCAUGGGAUGAGAUGGGAGAGGUCAAUGUAUAUAAUAUCUAUGCGCCGAUUUGCUUGAACCAUGAACAAAGAAAUACCUCUGCCACUGGUUCUGUAAGUAUUGACUUUUUUGAUCCAUGCUGGCAAGAUAUCCUUGUAUCCUAUCUCAAUGACUCAGCUGUGCAAGAGGCAUUUCAUGCGAGACCUACAUCAUGGGAUAUAUGCAGGGAAUAUAUCUCGAUAUGGAAUGACAGUGCGGUUAGCAUCCUGCCCAUAAUCAAGUAUCUGAUUGAUAACGGCCAACGGCUAUGGGUAUUCAGUGGGGAUACGGAUGCUCGGGUUCCAAUUACUUCUUCUAGGUAUGCAAUCAACACCCUCAAUCUUCUGAUCGAGACAGCUUGGCGGCCAUGGUACCUCAACGAGGAGGUUGGAGGGUAUCUGGAGGCAUACAAAGGACUGCUUCUAAUAACUGUUAGGGGUGCAGGCCAUUCAGUUCCAAGCUUCCAACCUCGGCGUGCAUUAGCCUUGUUUACAUCAUUCCUAGGAGGGAUAGUCCCUCACCACUACAAAAUGUAA